ACACGCAUGUGAAGUGGCUGGGUGUCUAACCAGAUAUAUAGAUUCUGAUUUUCAGUUCUUGCUAGCUGGUCGGUUCGGCGUAGUUGGAGCGAGCGAGCUAGCUGAGAGAUAGAUGACCAUGGUGAGGACGGCGGUGGUCGGCCGGGAGAGGAGCGGCGGCGUAAGGCAGUACAACAGGUCGAAGGUGCCACGCCUCAGAUGGACGCCCGAUCUGCACCACUGCUUCGUCCACGCCAUCCACAAGCUCGGGGGACAGGACAAGGCUACGCCGAAGCGAGUUCUGCAGCUGAUGGGAGUGGGAGGACUCACCAUAUCUCAUGUCAAAAGCCAUCUGCAGAUGUACAGAAACAUGAGAAAUGGUAUUGGAAUGCAAGGGUCGCCGAUGCAGCAGGUGCCCCGGCCGGAUGAGGAGCACAUCUACGGAGGAGGCCGCGGCAUGCAUGUGGAACUCUGCAGUGAGGAUGCGCAGCGGCAGCAGUGGUGGGAUCAUGAGUGCGAUGGCCCCUGCUGCUGCAUCUGCCGCUCGCCAAAGCCUAGAAAGGAGCCAACAAUGCCGCUGCUGCUUCACCCCCAACUGAAAAGCAACAGGACGGAGACGAGGCGGGAGCGGGAGGAGGAGGAUUACGGCGGGAGCGCGAGCCCCAAGAGCCUGCUGCUGCGAGGCCCAGGACCAGGAAUAUGUGAGGGCGACGGGUCAUCGCCGCCGCGCCUCUACCGCGCCCUCGCAGCAGCAGCAGCAGGUGGCUACAACUACAUGCGCAUCAUGCAAGCGGCCAUGGGCGGCGGCGUGGCUGCUGCUGCUCCUCCUCACGCGGAGGCGGGGGUGGUGGUGGAGCCCCUGCAGGGAGCGGGAAUAAAGCGGCAGCGGCACGAGGCGCGGCCCCUCGCCGCAGCAGACGGCGGACACGGCGCCUCUGCCCCUCCUCCUCCCUCUCCCUGCAGCAGCAAGCUCUUCACAUUCUUGGGCUUCGUGGUGGCGCCGGGGCCGUGCCGUGACCACCCUUCUGAGAUAGCCGGCAGAAGGACUCCCACCGGCCACAGCGUCCCUCCCACGGCGAACCGGUUGCCGCCAAGCAAGAUGAAGACUGCCAAGCAAGCACACGACGACGACGACCGCGGCUGCUCGCUCUCGCUGACCCUGGCGCUGGACGCCGGCGGGAGCGGCGAGGAGACGACGUCGUCGGCGGGGAGCCGGAUCAGCCUCGACCUGUCGCUGUCCACGUCGUCGAAUUGACCGACCUCUGUCUCUGCGUCCUGCGCUGCGGCGGCGUGUGUGCUUGCUUGUGCCCAUGUGACGGACGUGGGGUGCAGUAUGGGCCUAGGUGGGCCUCUUGCUCAAUUUUUGCCUGGUGUCCUUGUAGCCUUUGGCCCAUACAGCCCAGAUGUAAUAGCAGCCAAGUUUCUGCUACA